UCACCUACUCUACUGUCCCUUAUUGUACGAUGGUUUCCCUCUUCUUCGUUCACCCAAACCUACCCGCCAUCAGACCCUCAUCCACCCGCCGCCACGCGUCCUUUCUCCCUCCUCUCAAACUCGCCGCCCUCCGGCGACCUCCGCCACGUUUCUCCGGACUCCGCCGCGUCACCUCGGCCGCCGCCAUGUCAUCGGCUUCUGGCGCAGGACGGUGGGGCCACUGCCCUAGUUUUGGCCGGGGCGUACUCUCUCGUUCUUGCCUUUGAUUCUCUCACCAAGCAUAAUCUAAUCGAACAGAGCUUGAGCAGAAAAAUUGUUCAUGUAUCAUCUGGUCUUCUCUAUAUGUCUGCCUGGCCGUUUUUCAGUUCAUCAGCAGAAGCUCGAUAUUUUGCUGCAGUUGUGCCUCUUGUGAACUGCAUAAGGCUCGUCAUUUAUGGUUUUUCAUUUUUUAAGGAUGAAGGUCUAAUCAAGUCACUUACCCGAGAAGGGAAACCAGAGGAGUUGCUUAGAGGUCCUCUGUACUAUGUCCUGGUAUUGAUGUUUUGUGCUCUGGUGUUUUGGCGAGAUUCUCCUGUUGGGAUUCUGGUCCUGGCUAUGAUGAGUGGAGGAGAUGGCUUUGCUGAUAUUGUAGGGAGAAGGUUUGGAUCUUCAAAGCUUCCAUAUAAUAAACAUAAGAGCUGGAUGGGAAGCAUCUCUAUGUUCAUAUUCGGUUUCAUUUCCUCCAUUGGGAUGCUCUAUUAUUUUUCGGCUUUCGGAUGUAUCAACUUGGACUGGGGGAAUGCAGUGGCGAUGGUAGCUUUGGUUUCCUUAGUAGCUACUCUUGUGGAGUCCCUUCCCAUCAGUGAUGUUGUAGAUGAUAAUAUAUCUGUACCAUUGUCAACCAUGUUGGUAGCCAUGUUGGCUUUUGGUUAAAUAUCCUAUCAUUGACAUUUUUUUUUUUUGUUAUUUUGCGAGUAUUUUGGGAGACGAUUAAACAAAUUCAAUUUUGUUUAGCUAGAAUCAAAAAUUUCCAGUAAUUGAAGCCUGAAA